CUGAUGUGCUAUAGCCCUAAACCACCCAAAGAGGACACUGUGAGGAUCAGUUCCCCAAAGGCCAGGUUAGAGAAGAAGGAAGCGAAAGCAACCACAGAAAAUGGUCCAAGCAGUGGCCAGGAGAAUAAAGGAAAACCUCAAGACAAGCAAGUAAAGAAGAAAGAAAAGGAAAGAUCAAGUCUCACCAGUGCAGAAUUUGAGGAGAUUGUCCAGAUUGUGCUACGGAAGUCCCUCGAGGAGUGCUUGGAGAUGGGAUCUAGCCUUGAUUUUACAGAGACUUCCUGUGCCCAGCCCUUAAGAUGCACCCAGUUAGACAAGGAACCAGGAAUUGCUUCUUCUACUGAUAAUGAUAAUGCUGAUGGGGUAAUGGUACCUCAUAUUCUAGAGAUUUCAGCCACUAAGGAAGCUGGAGUAAGCUCUGUGAUAAAGACUUCUAAGCCAGGCCAGCCAGAUCCUGCCCCCUCUGAGAAGAAAUUCAACAGACCUUCCCUAAGCAAAGGAAAGAAGGGAGCCCAAGAUGACAAAAUGGAAAAGGUCCAAAGUACAUACAAGCAGAGACAGAAGGACCAACUGAAAAAAACAGUUCAAGAUGAUUCUCAGACCAGGAACCAACAAAAAGGAGAAGGCAGUGGUUUUGGUCAAUGUCUUGUCUGGGUCCAGUGUUCCUUCCCAAACUGUGAGAAGUGGAGGCGGCUUUGUGGGAACAUUGACCCCUCAGUGCUUCCAGAUAAUUGGUCCUGUGACCAGAAUACAGACUCGAGGUAUAAUCGCUGUGACAUCCCGGAGGAGUCCUGGACAGGGCGUGAGAGUGAUGUGGCCUAUGCCUCCUACAUCCCAGGAUCCAUCAUCUGGGCCAAGCAAUAUGGUUACCCCUGGUGGCCAGGCAUGGUAGAAUCUGAUCCUGACCUGGGGGAAUAUUUUCUUUUUGCUUCUCAUCUUGAUUCCCUGCCGUCUAAAUACCACGUGACAUUUUUUGGAGAAACAGUCUCUCGUGCCUGGAUCCCAGUCAACAUGCUGAAGAACUUCCAGGAGCUGUCCCUGGAGCUAGCCGGAAUGAAAAAGUGCAGGAACAAGGACUGCAACCAGAAGCUGGGAGCAGCCCUGUCGAUGGCUCAAGAGGCAGAACAGAUCAGUAUUCAGGAACGGGUUAAUUUGUUUGGUUUCCGGAGCCGAUAUAAUGGAUCUGACAGUAGUGGGGAAGGAAAAGACUUAAGGCUCUCUGGGACUAGCAGCCCAGAUUCCUGCCUGGAGAAAGAAGAGGAAGAUUCAGAGUUGGAGGCAGAGGAGUUGGAGGAGGAGGAAGAGAAAAAAGCCCUAAGAAAAAAUUUAAAGCUCCUCAAAGCAAAGCCUCAGUAACCAGCUUGUCUGAGGACGAAGAAGCUAGAAUGGUACCAAAGGAC